GCGGUCUACCCAAUAGGCAAAAGAUCCAAAGCAUCUUUGCGCUUCGGGUAUUCGGUCGAACACCGACAAAGGUUCUUGGCAGCCCAAGUGGGUAUUUUAUUGAUCAAUUGGGUAGAAAAAGUCUGCAUUUGGCACCGGGAUAUUUGUCCCCUUUGGGUGACAUUGUUCGGAGCCGUUCGCCAUGUCAUUCGGGGGUGCCUCAGGGAUGCCUUGUCGUUCCUAGCUCGUUCAGUCGCUGCGCAAACGCGGUAUCGGGACGGCUCCCCGAGUUCCUCGCUCCAAGUGUGGCGAUCUCCGCCGAUCGUUUCAUUCUGAGGAUUCGCGAUGACUUGCCGCCGACAAUCGCGGGCCCGUUGUGGGCCGGGUUUCGCAUUCCUGUUUCAUUCGGACCUUGUGCUGCGUGGACCCGGUGUCGGGCCACGUUUUGGGUUCUUUGUCUGAGGUCAGCAAUGUUCACUUCAGAUGUGGCCUUUUUUAUUUAAACCGUGAUCCUGAGGAAAAACCCCUCGGGUACCAAAAGGACUGACUUGGAUUCAAACAAGUCGCUUCUUGAGGCGACCCGAUUGGCAAAAUCACACAUCACAGAUCGACUGAUAUCAGGAGUUGCCGCGCACGCUCCCCGACCUGACCCGAGAGUCAAUCUCGUCGCCAUCGUUGACUGACUUCCUGCCGUUUCAAACAUCCGUUCGCCGAUUGCAAUCAAGAGCUGAGCCGCCAGGGAGCCAUGUGACCAUUUGAUUCUGCUCGCUCAGCAAAUGCGAUUCACAUUGCAUCAGCCUUCUUGUGGUCCAAUGAACGGAGGCAACAGGACUCUCCCGGGGGCCGUCGUCAUCGUCAUAUUUGCCAGUUGCAUCCGAUCGAACUUGACGGAUGACCGCGACCUGCGGGGCCGGCAAUCUGCACGGGCAUCUCUGUUCCGUUUCCUCCCACGGGAGUCCAUUAACCACGCCAGUGGUCUUGUGUGUUCCAGUGGUCCGGGGUCUGGAGGGCAGGUCCUGGGGAGGGACUUACGCUUGGAAGAAGGUUUGCGCCCUGACAGGAGCAACGGUGGACCUCCGCUGCUUCUUCACGUACCCGCCCAAGAUAAACGGCCAAGACGUGAGCGUUGAGAAGACCUUGUGGUUUACCAAAGAACGCGACCGUCAGCCUGAAGAUCUGAGGUCGGACCCGCAGUACGCCGGUCGUCUGCACGGUGACUGUCACGGCAACUGGUGCACUUUGUCAAUCGCCGAGCUGAGGGCGAGCGACUCGGCCGUGUACAAGUUCCGAUUCGUCACAAACCGACUGAGUGGAGGAAGCUACACGGUCACGCCGGGAGUCAAUCUCACGGUCACCGAUCUCAGCGUCCAGUGGCAUACACCCGACGAACAAUCUCUGAGUUGCGUCAGCAAGUGCAGUCUGGGCUCUCCGACUUCAUACAUCUGGUACGAGAAUGGAGAGGAAGUCCCCAAUGAAAACUUCAAAGUAUACACUCCGACAUCCGGCUCGAAAAACAGCUACUCCUGUGCAAUCAAAGGGCACCGGCAGCUUGUAUCACCUCCGAUGUGUGUGUCCCGCUCUUGCAACAAGGUGCAUUACCACAAAGGGAGCAUCUGCGCCCUCAAAGGCUCGUCGGUGGACCUCAACUGCACUUAUAGCAGCUACGAUGAGCUCGAGUCCAAAUUCUGGUACAGACCGGAUCACAAACACUUGUGGGCGGAUCCCUCCGUCCCUCAGGACCUCCGGUUGGAAGAGCAGUACCACGCUCGCGUCGAGUUCCCUCCAGAAUUUGAGGGACAUUGCACCCUGAGAAUCCAGAACGUGACCGAGAGCGAUUCCGCCGAGUAUCGCUUCAAAUUCACCGCGCGAGAUUUUGAAUGGAUGAAUAGUCUACCCGGAACCAACUUGACAGUCACAGCUGCCACGGUGCGGGUGAACGCCGUCAAAGUGGAGGAUUCUCACACGGUCGCUCGCUUGUUGUGCCACACGGGCUGCAGACCGUCAGCCGAUUUGUCUUUCUGCUGGCGGCGGAAUGGGGACCCGCUGGCUCGCUGCUCCCCUCUCCACGCCGCCAAACCUCUGGAACUCAUUUUAAAUCCCGGAGACUACGUCACCUGCGACGUAGAAGGGCAUCCGCUCAGUAUCUCUCCUCGCCUGUAUGCUCUGAGAGCCCCCUCGGUGUCGCUGAGCGACUCUGGCGACAUCUUGGAGGGUGCUCCGCUGAAUCUGAGCUGCAUCAGUGACAGCAGUUUCGCUGAACACCGUUGGUACAAACAGAUUAGACCCUCCCGCCGACAAAUCAUGACAAGUGGACCAGUGCUGGUCUUCAGAUCCAUCAAGUCUUCGGACUCCGCCGAGUAUUUUUGCACUGUGGACAACGAGCUGGGGAAGAAGAUGUCAGAACCUGUUGUGAUUGACGUCAAAUGUGAGUUCAGUGGUACCUUGACUUAUGUAAGUGUUGUUUUUUCUCGGUGGGGGUCUGUCCAAGACUAUACGGGCAUGUCGACUCUUCACCGGUCUUUCUAGACGUCCAGUCAACAUCAGCGACAUUAAGAACCAACGUCAUCAGGUUGAGUGUGACGCUCGUGCUCCUAAUCCUGGUGAUCCUACUGGCUCUCUGCAUGAGGAAAAAGACCUCCCUCUCCUCCAGAGUGCAACCCAAUGAGCUCCGACAGCCUGAAGAGCGCCCCCAUGGGGACUAUGAGAACAUCUAUGCUUCGGUGCAGACACACUAAAAUCAACAAGAGGACACUCUGUGAACAACAUUGCAGAAGAAAAACUUGCCAACAACGGGUGGACUCGUUUGAAUGCAUUUGAACAGGAAUGCGUUUCCAGAGCACUUUGAGCUCUUUUGUUGUAUGAAACGUGCUCUUUAAAAAAUAAAUUCAUUGGUUGAUUGAAUUCAAACCGUCCCAUAGGAGCAAUGACAAAAUUGAAGUACAAAAAAAUAUAUAAUCAAUUUGGAAGUCCAAUGCCAAGACGGAGUUGUGGUCAUCCAAGUACCUUUUUUUUCCCCAUCAAUAUAUGUAAACAAUUAUUUUCACGCUUGUGCUUUUUUUUUGUUAUUUUAACUCGAUAAGUUUUAUUUUAAUCUUUUCAUUCAUCUUGCUGUUAUUUGGGGAUCUCGUGUUCAUUGUGAUUUGUUAGAGCAAUCUGGUUUUUAAUCCUCAUUUUUCUUUUUUUUGGAUUUUGGAUUUACCAUCCACCGUAACCUGUACCAAUGAUGCUUGUACAAAUAAACUUGCCGUGCCUACCAAA